GUGUGGCCUCUGUUUCAUUCCUUGGCGCCAACCACAAAACCGCAGGGAGAGAGCCACAAAAUCCCACUCCCCCCUUCUUCUUCUUCUUCUUCUUCUUCUUUUCAAAUAAAAAAACCCACAAAAAUACCAAAUUAAUCCCAAGAAAGAAGAAGAGGAAAAGGAAGAAGAAGAAGAAGAAGAACCCUAAAACACCAUGUCUCUCUCUCCUCUAUCCAAUCCAUGCCCUUCUCUCUACUCCCCUUCCCCUUCCCCUUCCCUCAAGAGGAGAGCACCCCCACCCCGCUCCAUUCUCCUCCACAACAACCACCGCCCCCUUCCGCUCCGGCCCAAGAUCGCCUUCCCCCUGCUACCUAGGGCUUCUUCCUCCUCCUCUUCUUCUUCCGCAAUGCAAUCGCAAUCGAAAUCACAAUUGCGGUCGAAAUCGGGAGGCGGAGAGGAGGAGGAGGAGGAGGAGGAGGAGGAGUACGAGGAGUACGAGGUGGAAUUGGAGAAGCCCUACGGAUUGAGGUUCGUGAAGGGGCGCGACGGGGGGACGUACAUCGACGCCAUCGCGCCGGGGAGCGCCGCCGACAAGACGGGGAUGUUCGCCGUCGGCGACAAAGUACUCGCCACAAGUGCUGUGUUUGGAACAGAAAUAUGGCCUGCUGCUGAAUACGGUCGAACCAUGUAUACAAUUCGGCAACGAAUCGGCCCUCUGCUCAUGAAGAUGCAAAGGAGAUACGGGAAACCGGCGGAUGCCAGUGAGCUUACCGAGAAAGAGAUUAUAAGAGGUGAGAGGAACGCAGGUGUGAUUAGCAACAAAGUGAGGGAAAUCCAAAUGCAAAAUUACAAGCGGAAAAUGGAGCAAAAGAAGCAACGAGAGGAGGACCUUCGCGAGGGACUCAAGCUUUACAAGGAUGCAAAAUAUGAAGAGGCUUUGGAAAAAUUUGAAUCAGUAUUGGGCUCAAGACUAGAACCUGAAGAGGCUUCUGUAGCAAGUUACAAUGUGGCAUGCUGUUAUUCCAAACUUAAUCAGGUGGAAGCUGCUCUUUCUGCUCUUGAAGAUGCCAUGGAAGCCGGAUACGAAGACUUUAAGAGAAUUCGGAGCGACCCCGAUCUGGCCAAUUUAAGAGCUUCCAAGGAAUUCGAGCCCCUGAUGAAGAAAUUUGACGAGUCUUUCAUCAACGAGAAUGCUAUCAAUGCCAUCAAAUCCAUAUUUGGUAUAUUCAACAAAAAAUAAGUGUUAUUUGUCUCGUCGAUUUCCUGUCAACAAAUGUGGCGGAUCGAUGCUAGGGCUGACAUACACUUCUCCAUUUCUGAUUGUCUCAUUGAAUCUUCUCCACAAAGUGUAUUCUUGAGCCUCUGGCUCUUUUUCUUCUUCUUCUUCUUCUUCUUCUUCUUCUUCUUUUUACUCUCACACUGUAGCUUCUUGGAGAGGUUUGGAGGGAAUCUCCUACAUUAGGUUUUAUCUCUGAGAGCCUGUAUAUUUAUAUUUGAUAAUGAAGGCAUUCUUUAAUAUCUGAAUUUAUGAUGCUCUCUUUUUAAUCAAUGUAUAAUUGAGAGAGUUUACUUUUCCA